CAUACCUUUGGCCUCUCUGUCCGAAGCGGUGUACACGUUCAAAUUGGAUUUUGUCGAUAACUUCGCGUGGGAUCUGAAGCGCUGUAAGGAGGAACUCUCUAACUACAGAUUGAGGAACUUCCCCUUCUUUCUCCUCGAUACCUGUCGCAGUUGCAAAUGAGAACUUGUUCUCAACUGGCCUACCUGGUUAAAUUAAAACAAUCUUACCCAAAUGCAUGAUGGGGGUCUGCCACGACUUCUGGACCCAGCACCCCCCACCUGACGCCCAUGAUGCCCAGCCCCUCAUCGCUAAACAAUGCAGUACUGAUGAUAGCCAGAAGGGGGCAGACAGAACACAGCUCAAAAAGAGACGCUGGUGUCGCAACAGCUGCCUUGGCCUGUUUCUGUUCCUGGUCGUGAUGAUGACUGUGGUCAUCCUGGAAGUUGACCUCAAAGAACAGAUCUCACCUUCAACAACCAAGCCAGCAGCAAACAUGUCCCGAGGACCGUACCAUGUACAAUACCCACAUGAGUACUCCUUCAUCCUGGAUGAGCCAGAGAAAUGCCGGGAGCAGAACCCCUUCCUGGUUCUGAUGGUGCCAGUGGCGCCCUAUAACAGGGAGGCCCGUGAGGCCGUCCGCAGGACUUGGGGCAGUGAGAGGCAGGUACUGGGCAAAGAGGUCCGUCUGUUCUUCCUGCUGGGACUGCCCAGUGGAGAGGAGACAGAGCAGCUCCAGGAGAAGGUGCUGCAGGAGAGCAAAGAGCACCAGGAUCUGCUGCAGAGCAACUUCAUAGACAGCUACAAAAACCUGACCAUCAAGACCAUGGUGAUGAUGGAGUGGCUGAGCUCUCGCUGCCCCAACGCCUCCUACGCCAUGAAGAUCGACUCAGACAUGUUCCUCAACGUGAACACCUUGGUCAACAUGCUGCUUCACGCUCCAACGCAAAACUACAUGACUGGACUAGUGGCCCGAUGGGGAGCUGUUCUAAGAGACCGUAACUCCAAAUGGUACCUUCCAAAGGAUGUGUUUCCUGAACCAGUAUACCCACCUUAUGCUCUGGGUCUGGGCUAUGUCUUCACCUUAGACCUCCCCAGGAAGCUGGUGGAGGCGUCCAGGCAUGUUAAAGCCGUCUACAUAGAGGAUGUGUAUCUGGGACUGUGUAUGAGACACCUGGGCAUCCGGCCUACUGACCCCCCCAGUGGAAACCUUUUUCAGGGGUAUGCAGGAGCCCAGGACCGCUGUCACUACAUGGCUGUUAUCACGACCAUCCUCGACACUCCUCAGGAGCUUCUGGACAUAUGGAGAAACUUGCACCAACCUGGGCCUGUCUGUUAUUGAAAACAACACUCUGGGAAAGACAAAUAGCCUUGAGGUUAGAGCGUUGGGCCAAUAACCCAAAAGGGUGAUGGUUCCAAUCCCAGAGCUGACAAAAUGGCAAAUCUGUCACUGUGUCUUUGAGCAAGCACUUAACCCCAGUGCUCCAUGGGAGCUGGACAAUGGUGUCCCUCACCGGGACCUCGCUCCCUGUGGUUGUCUUGUUUGAGCUGUGACUUUCUCUUGGAUGCUUUUCUCUGGGUGUGGUAGAG